CUUUCCGUGCAAGCGCAACACCAGCGAGACAAGAUCUGCAACGAGAUAUAAAAACACCGCAUUUCUAUGUUGGGGUAGUGGCAGUAUGGGAUGUACAUCUAGCACACACACAAUAGCUCAAGAUACAACCCGAGUAAAUACAAAACUAGAGGAAUGCAAUGGAGCAUACACAACCGCCCCAGAGGCUGCCAGUGAGUCUUCUGGGGCCCUGCAGAACUUCGAAGAUGCUGCUGCCGAGACCCAGGAUGCAGAGGCAGCUUCCACGUCUGACUCUUCCACACCAGGGGCUGCUCCACAGCUGCUAGCAGUGAGUCAAGAUGAAGCUGUGGCUACAGAUGAAAGGCAGACAGAAUCAGUCCCACCCGAGGAAGUAUCAGAUCCCAGUGAGGGAAGCUAAAGUCCUUCAGAAUCACAGACACCACAUCAACAUUGGAGAAUCAAGAAAGACCUCACACCAAAGCAGGAAACCUUCAAAUGCUUAAAGCAUAAAGUAACACAUUGCUUACCUGUU